AUGUCGAACAAGAUUGCGUAUUUCGUGCAUCUUCCACGGCUCGUCAAACAGAAUCCGUGUCUGUACGACCACGAGAACGAGCGAUUCUCGGACCGCGAGUGGAAGGACCAGCUGUGGUCCCGCCUGGCCGAAGCGAUAAAGCACGAAGGAGACGGCGCGUCGCUCGAGAUGCGCUGGAAGAAUCUUCGUGAUCGGUAUCAGCGGCGGAAGCGGGCGGUGCAGCAAGGACGCGAAAAGCACUUGUUCGCGUCGCUCGCCGAGUUCGCCUUCCUCGAUCCGUACAUUUUCGCCCGCGAGGUUCACACUCAGGUACUUAUCAAGAAAAUGGCCCAUUCUUGCUGAAAUACUGCUUUUAAUACGGCGAAAUUUGCUGAUUUUUCGAGCAAAAAAUGAAAACAAUGUAAUUCAGUCAAUUCAGGCUAGUUUCAGACCCAGUAUUGGCAAAUUUUGAAAGACAAAAGUUCUAAUAUUAAGCAUUUUAGGUGUGCAAGAAAGCGGAGCUUGACGGGUUCAAAUGGGAGCUGAUCGCCGAGGUGCGCGCGAAUCCGUGCCUUUACAAGCAGAGCAACCGUAAAGAAGACAUAAUAAAUCGGCAGAAUGCGUGGGAAAACAUCAAAGAGCGGAUGAAGUUCAACGGAAGUGUCAAGCAGCUGACGGCCCACUGGAAGAACCUUCGCGACCGCUUCUUUCGCGAGAAAAGAGCGUUCGAGAGCACGGUGAGCAGUUUGAGUUUUCGAUGAAUAUUACUAAAACAUUUCGCAUUUUUCAGGUUCAGCGCGACGGGCGACAGAUUCAAACUUCGGAGCUCUACAAACGGAUGGUCUGGCUGGACGAGUUCCUUGCCCUAUCGAGGCAAAAUCGGAUGGAGCCGUACGCGAUUCCGAACAGGCAGAACCGCAAACGGACGAAUGAGAAGCGGAAAGAGAAGGCUGUGGAAAAUGAGAACACGGAAAAUGCGCGGACGAAUAGAAUCGGACGGAAGAACAUUUCGAACGAAAUGAUUAAUUUGAACAAUGCUCGAAUGCUCUUGUCCUAUCAAUAUCCGCACUUGGACAAUCGGCAGGAGUACGCGCCUCAAGCCGAACAGUUUUACGAGCACAACGAACUGGGCAGACAUUACGAAGAAUUGGAGACGGUGCGCUACGAAACGAUCGAAAAAGUAGAGGAUAGAGUGGCGGACGACCACGUGGGAUACUUUGCCGAUGAUACGGACGACACUAAAGAGUGCGGGGACAAAAAGUGCGUUCGGACCAUUUUGCUUAACCAAGCUUAACCUUAGCGUCUCAAAAAAUCGGUUUUUUCUUUCAGAAUUCCCUACAUUUCCGAUUUCGAUGAACACGACGGAAGCGGAAUGCAUAUUAAUAAUAGUAAUAAAAAUAACCAGGCUGAUGGUAGUGAGCAGCAAAGUUUUACCGGAAUUUGGAAAAUUGAACUUGAAAACGAUGAAUAAUAGGCAAUUCGGGGGAGUAUGUACUCGAUUGCACGUUUUAUAUAUUUAUUCUAUUGACAUGUCAUAGCUUACUCAUUUAAUAACCGAAGUGAUGAUAAAGUGUAAUAAACAAAUUAUAUUCAAACAUUGUUUUAUUUGUGUUAUGAAAAUACGAACCGUGUUUUGUUGAACACAGUUUCUUGGAAACUACUGAAAAUUGGGGUUUUGCGUGAAAUCCCCCGGAAAAGAAAAAGUGAAAAACACCUGUUUUGAUAAUGCACGUUUCGCACAAUUGUUAGGUAAUAACGCAAAUAAAAACCAGUGAAUUAUCGAUUAAUUGGCUCGUAUUAUGACGUAAAAAAACGAAAGAAAAUCCGGUGAAUAGGCCCAUUGAUAUGCCGUCGUUCCAAAGUUUUUGAUCGGGUUCUCUAUGCUCUAUGCCCACAGACGGAAUUCAAUUUACUUUUUUGCAAUACCCGAUUAUCCUUUCGCCUCACUUUCACAUCAUCACUCUUUGCGGACUAUGACCAAUUCCUGCGUGUCCGAAGCUGAUAACCUGGCAGAUCCGGAGAAUUACACCCUCCUCCUCCACGUCAUCACUUUUAUUGAGUUGCCCGUCAGUCUCCUUGGAACCUAUUGUAUUCUGGUCAAAACUCCGGCCCGUAUGAAAUCCGUCAAAUCGAUAAUGUUCGUUUUGCAUUCGCUCGCCGCGUUCGUCGACUUUUUCAUCAGUUACCUCACCGUCCCCUAUCUCUAUUUGCCUUCGCUUUCCGGAAUUGCCUUGGGCGUCUGGAAUGAGCCCGCUACACAGACUUUUAUCAUAAUUGUACUGAUAGCAGGUUGGUCUCACAAUUAAACAAGUCCAACUUCUUCAAACGUUUUCUCAGUUGUUGCCGUAUCGAUAUUGUCAAUUUUUGAAAAUCGUUACUAUGUUUUGUUCGCUCGGAACACUAGCUGGGCACACUUCCGAAAGCCGUUUAUCAUUGGAAAUUAUAUUAUGUGUCCCUUAGUCAUGAUUCCGGCGUUUACCGCGAUUCCCGAACAAACUUAUGCGAGACAGUUUAUAGAACAAGUGGGGUUCUGGAUUCUUUAAGAAAUUGCUUUUAAUCCACUUCAGAUGCUUCCCUGCAAACCGGCACUUUCACUGAACACCCAUGACAUCUUCAUUUUGGCCGUUGACUUCAUAGUGCCCUUCAGUUGUGUCGCAUUUCUGGUUGUCGUCCUGACCGUGGAAACGUUCACAUUUCUGAUUCUAUUAUACUCGAACAUUCUGCUCCUCGAUCAGAAAAUAUCGGGCAUCUCGAGUAGAACUAUCGAUUUACAGAAGAAGUUUGCAAUUGCGUUGACCGUUCAGGUUUGAAUUGGUUUCAUUAGAGCUGCUUGGAAUCGAUUUUUGUGGGAAAACGGAAGUAGAAAUCUCGAAAUCAAUUUCCCGGUAGUCAGAACAAGAAAUCCGCAAAAGUGUUUCCCGAAAAUUCUUGCGAAACGUUCCAGAUCUUGCUCCCAUUCGUCCUUGUCCUGACACCAGCUUCCUAUGUUUUAUUGUCGAUCUUUCUCGAGUACUACAACCAGUCCCUCAACAAUUUGGUGUUCGUCUUGACCGCAUUGCACGGCUUUUCGUCGACCAUCGUCAUGAUUUUCAUUCAUCGACCGUAUCGCGAAGUGAGUUUAUAUCCGAUUCACUGGCUUUUUGCGAAGAGUAUCACACCUUCGGCGGCCUGGGUUUAUGGCCAUUUUUGACGAAUAAAUGUUUCUCUAAAAGUAUACUGUGCUUUUCAUAUUCAAAAAGUGAUAUUUACACACUUUAGACUUGAUUAGAGCGACCCUCAUUGUUUCAGACACUCACAGUCACUAUAAAAUGAUUUUUUUCCGUUUUUUUCGUUUUUUUACGUCAAAAAACCCAAUUCAGCGGUGUAAAAAACGAAAAAAAACGGAAAACAAACAUACGCUGAAUAGACCCAUAACUAUUUGUUAGUGAGUCACGUUUCCAGACAAAAAUUGAGUGUAUAUAGUUUCCUCUCCUCUUAUCUCCCGCCACUGCCCAUAUAAAACCCUGUCAAACUGUUUGCUCUCCGCUUUUUUUUUCCAACAGAAAUGUUUCCUUUCUCACUUUCGCUUCUCCUGUUUGUGUUAACAUCAGCCGAUCCGAAUUUCACGUGUCCCAGCACUGAAAUAACUGAAAAUGGACAAUUGCCGACGGGCCGAUCGACUCCUGCCAUAUUUCCGGCCAAUUAUUUUUGUGAACUUAGCGUGAGAUUCAAUGUUUCGGCAUCAGAAAUAUUGUAUUCAACAUCAGUUUGUCGUUCCUGCCGGCUCGUUCGUCACAUUCGAAGCGAGUGCGUUCAACGUCAAUGACGAGGACUUUUUGGCGAUAACCGACACGCUGAAUGGGACCUACCGGUACGGAAAAUCAUAAUAUUCUAAAGAGUCCGGACUUUUAGUAUAAACGGAACUCACACUGUGAACUCAUUGGCGAUCGAUGGAAAUUAUGCGAGGUUAGUGUUAAGCACAGCACCUGGAUUCGCAUCUUUUUUUGUAAAAUGGACCUAUAGAAGUGGUAAGUCAGGGAAUUAUUUUAAUAAAUUCAAACAUAAGUCCUUUUCAGCUGCUUCUCUCCCUUCCAAUCAACAAAAAACCGGAACCAUUUUGGAGUUGAGAGAUCUUCCCGUACUGACGCCCACGCUUUUCACUUCUUCCGAUGGCGGUCCGAUUGUUUUGAGCAUCGACGCGGCCGCAUGCACGUUUUUCUACACCUCCAUUCUGGUUUUCGACGGGACUUUUGUGAAUUCCACGUUCAUCGGCGCUUUGACCGAACGCACACUCAAAUCCACCGGAUCCUCGUUGACAUUGGUGAAGCAGAAUCAGAUUGCAUGCGAUUCGGGUGGAAGGACAACGUUUUUGUUGGCUAAUGAUUAUUCGGGUGAGUCGAUGUCUCGGUGAACCUAUAAUUCUCUACUCUCAACCUUUUCCAGCAAUCUCCAACUUCACCUCGUACACUUUCGGUAACUUUGCAUGGGAAUUUCCGCUCGCCGCCAACUCAUCAGUCACCGUUUUUAAUGCAAACACCGAAAGCUUUCUUCUGACCAACCUCACGACCCAAUCCAGUUCCACGUCCGUUCAGAUCCAGUCAGGAUCGCCCACUAACCACUUCCAUCCUGUCAUUUCGUAUCGGUUUUCGUGCCACGUUUCAACCCCUGUACCCUUUAAAACAAUGUUUCAGUGGUAACUGCUUUGCCAACUUGAUGCCCCAGCAAAUUGCCACCAACUUUUUCACAAUUACCGUAACCCACGGCUCGGCGGCGGUUAGUCUCGGCUAUCCGGCGAACGCCGGAUCGAUAACAGUGUGGCCAGGAUUGGCUGGUCACCUGACUUCCCGAUCCACGUGGCAACCGUCUACCGAGUGGUCCUACGAUCGAACACUGAGAACUAUGAGUACGGUUUUUGACUGUCCUCCGAAAAAGGUGAGCAUUUUUAAUUGCAGACUCUGGCUUCGAGUACAUCUUCAAGACGUUUCGAUUUUCGGUCGGUUCCCUGGUGCUGGGGCCGGAUGAAGACUCGCUGAACAUCGAAGUCGGCGAUGAGUUCGCACCGGUCGAUCCGGUUACGGUCACUUUCAAGAGCAAUGUGAGCAACUCGGAAGUGCACACACUCCAGGGAAGUUACAUGAGAGUCUACACACUGGGCACCAAUCCCCGCAACGUUUCAAAGUUCACUGUCAGUUAUAGUGUCGAGGUAGACGAACUUGUUUUCAUCGUCAUUUGUCGCUCCACAUUCAUUUCAGCAAAACGGCGAGACGACAACUGUGACAGUGCCGACCACUACGAGACUUUGCCCCUCCGUUUUCACGGUCACUUCAGUUUUGAUGAUUUUACUGACUUCACUUUGGGCAUGA